AGUCACAGUUCGUGUACUAGAGCUUGGUCAAAAAAAGAGUGAUCUAGAUGCUAUUUUAAAAUGCAGCUGUGUAUUAUUUUGGUUAGAAGACCAGCAAAUAAGCAAAAUGUCAAUAGGAUGCAUAGCGAGGUCAGAAGACAGAGAGGAGGGUAAAGAAGUAAUGGCAGAGUACUGUGGUGAAUUGUAUGAAGCUAAAAUCUUAAAAAUCGAUGAUAAUGAUGCUGAGAUAGAGAAAUUCAUAGCUCAAUGUCUAAAAACUAUGACAACAUCUAAAAAUUCAAAUUCUAGUCAAGGUGACAAUGUGGGUGUGCACAGUACAGAUGAGCAGCAGAUUACUAGUACGAAACGGCGUUCAGAAACACCAACUACUGGCGCGAAAAGAGGGAAAGCUCAAAUAAAUGAAGAACCGCCAGCUGCUAAGAGAGAAUUUUUGGCGCGAUUUAACCGAACAGGUAUUCUGCAGCCAAUUUCUCUUAGCCAGUCGGAACAACCGAUCAUCCGCAGCCAGCCUGAACAACCAGGCUUCGUCAACCAGCAAUCUAUAACAGCUCCAUUGAGCUCGGUCUAUGGAGAUGCAAUUGCUCUGGUCGAUAAUCUAAAUGUCCAGGAGAGACAGGAAAUACAGCUGCUGAUACAACCAGAAGAGUCAUAUACUGAAAUGUUGUAUGAAGAUCCAUCUAACAGUUAUGAUUGGACAACAACUUGUUCUUCUUGUUCGAAGCUUCAAGAACAGGUUAGUUGGCUGAAAGCUGAAAACUUGAAGCUAACUGACAAAGUUUCAAAGUACAAGGCCAUGGCAACAUCUUCUACCGGCAGCCUGAACGAAACAAGACCAUCAGCUGCGUCUUACUGUAGGCCAAAGGCUGGAGUUGUCUCUGAAGAGGAUGCCCAAAAGUACAAGAUGAUCUGUUUGGGAGGUAGUGUAUAUAUUCAUGCAGAUGAAUUAAAUAGGCUUGACCUAAAAAGACCAGGCAAUGCUAUCAGACAACUCAUAGGAUUUGUUUUUCCGGAAAGUGAACGGCUGAACCGGAAAUGGCCAUCAAAGAAGCGAGUAGAAGAAGGAGCUACAGACAUUUUCGAUAGUAAUGUUGUGAAAACAAUUGUUGCUUGGGUGUUUGCUGAGCAGACAGGGAGCAGAUUGACGUACGCUAAAAUAUGGAAUGCCGGGGAGCGAAAAAUUUCAUCGGCGCAAACCAAGGCAAAAAAGAAGGCGCUUUUAGCCACAAAUUAAUGUAGUACAGAUAUCAGGAGUAGAUAUUAGGGAAG